AUGGCCGGCGGAGCAAAGAAACCAGUCAAUAUAUUCCGCCUUAAAGACCUCGGCGAGCCUAAGGAGGUCUUCAACUGGCGAUUAUGGUUUGCGGUCAUCUCAUUUGGCCUGAUGGGCGCUGCCCGAGGUGUCGAUGAGGGUUUGAUCUCAGGCGCUUUCAAUUCUAAAGACUUUCAACAUUACAUCAACUAUGAAUCGUACAGCGAAGUGGAACAGACCAACAUCAAGGGAAAUGUUACCGCAAUGGUCCAAAUUGGAUCUGUUGCAGGCGCUCUUUUUGCCUUUUUAGUUUGUGAUCGCAUCGGCCGUAUCUGGGCAACUCGCCAACUUUGCGUUUUAUGGAUCAUUGGAAUCGCAAUUUUCAUGGCCAACGGUGGCCACUUGGGUGCUGUCUAUGCUGGUCGCUUUAUUGCUGGACUCGGUGUAGGCCAAACAGUUGUCGUUGCUCCAGUAUAUCUUGCUGAAAUUGCCCCCGCUUCUAUCCGUGGACUCUGUACCUGUGUCUUCACAGGCUUUGUCUAUUUGGGUAUUGUACUCGCAUAUUUCGCCAACUAUGGCUGCCAGCUCAAUCUCGGCGACAAAACUCACAACCGAUGGCUCGUUCCCACAAGUCUGCAUAUUAUGUUUGCCGGCAUAAUCUUCCUCCUCUCCUUCCUCCAGCACGAAUCACCCCGAUACCUAGUCAAACGCGGCCAGCUCGAAAAGGCCAUCUCCAAUCUCUCAAAAAUCCGUGGCCUACCAACCGACGAUGAAUACGUUGUACGCGAGAUUUCCGUUAUUCAAACAACCCAUGCAGCUGAGAUGGAAGCCACUAUGGGGUCUGGCGCUAUGGGCGUGAUCAAGGAAACCUUCCUGGUCCCAUCAAACCUCUACCGAGUCUACCUCACCUUCAUGGCCCAGCUUCUUUCCCAGUGGUCCGGUGCCGGUAGUAUCACUGUCUACGCCCCUGAUUUAUUCAAGCUGCUAGGAGUCACAGGCAGCAAUGAGUCUCUGCUGGUGACUGCAGUGUUUGGAAUCGUCAAACUGAUUGCCGCAAUUCUCUGUGCUCUUUUCCUGGUCGAUGUGAUUGGACGCAAGCGCGCCCUACUCCUUGGUAUCACCCUCCAAGCAAUUUCCAUGAUCUACAUCGCCGGCUUCUUGACCUCCGUUCCCCUCAUGGGCGUCGACGAGAAGUACAAGGUCCCGGCUGACAAGAAGGCCGCUAGCGAGGGAGCCAUUGCAAUGAUCUACGUCUCUGGAUUUGGAUGGGCUCUGGGCUGGAACUCAAUGCAGUAUCUUCUGACUGCAGAGCUCUUCCCCCUUCGGAUCCGUGCUCUUUGCACUUCUAUGGCUAUGACUCUCCACUUUGCCAACCAAUAUGGUAAUGCCCGCGCAGUUCCCAAUAUGCUUCUCCCCGUCGCAAAGGGCGGAAUUGACCCCAAGGGUACCUUCUGGUGCUUUGCGGCCAUUACCAUUAUCGGUGGUGUUUGGGUCUGGUUCAGUAUUCCGGAGACGGCUGGCCGCUCGCUGGAGAGUAUGGAUCGUCUCUUUGCUUUGCCGUGGUACAAGAUUGGCCGCUAUGGUAACCAGGAUGCCGAUGAGCGUGACCAAGCUGUGGAUGAGAAGAUGGAGAUGGCGGUGCAGACGCACGGGAUGGCUCAACAUGUUGAGAGGCAGGAUAGAGAGGGCCGGGUUUGA